CUUUUAAAAAUAACGGCCCAUAUUUUCGUAAGUUUGUAAAAUGCUUUAUUGAUAAAAGCAAAAAGACUUGCAACUUAUUAUUCGUUAACGGAAAAACUAACUCGCCGGUAAGAUUUGGGAGAGAACUAACGAGAAGCGACGGUGGUCUGUUAUUAAAGCCGGAGGGAGAAUUUUACCGACGAUGAUCGGGCGACGUGCUGGAACUAAUCGAGUCGGUAUGAGGAGAGACGACUCUCUUCUGACUCGGUUUGUUGACUCAGUGUUCUAUUUCUUCCGAUUAGCUGAGUUUGAGAUCCUGUUUGUGCUCUUCAUGCUUAUUACCUACGUUAUUUUCAAAGAUCUGACGUCGAGGCCGGAGUAUAAUCGGAUUCUUGUGGAGAAACCCGGUGGAUCUGACAUCUGGCCGUUUUAAAUGAUAAGAAGAAGAUUUUGUGUUGAAUGGUUAGUUCUUGGUUUCUGAUUUGAGUACUACUCAUGUUUCUGUAGGACUUGUGUGCUUGUAUACGUCAAUGAACGCUUAUCUUUCUUCUCUUGUACAUUUCAGUUUGUUCAAUAGGUCAAUGUAAUUCUCCUUCGUUUGUGUUUUGAUUAAUAAUAAAAGUUUGGUUUCAUCUACUACUCUCACUUGGUUUAUAGCUAUGCAUAUGUUCAUC